CUUUAUAAUACAAUACAGAAAGAAGAAAAAACCGCCAAUUUUUUAACAUCGUGUCCUUUCUGGCAGAGCAAAGUGGAAGGAACAGCAACAGGAUGGUUCUUCUUAUAAUUAUUUUCUUUCCAUUUCUUUUUGGGUUUAAAAUGUAUUUAGAGCUACGGAGAAAACCUCCCUUCGAAUCCAAGUCUUUUCCCCCAAAUGCGUAAUCCGCGUGCAGCUUAUUUUUUAGCCAAGCAGCGAUCUUUAGAGCAUCGUCUACUCUUUACUCAAUCUUGCCCAUUUCUUCUCUAAGCUAUACUUUCAUGGGUAGUUGCCAAGAUCUUGCGGGUUGACACUCUGUAGCUCAAGUGUUUGAUAAAAUCUCCCAACCAGAAAAUAUUAACAACAACAACCCAUUCUCAGUACAUUGCUUACCGUAUCCAAAGACUUGAGCUUUCUGCGUCGCACUCGGUUUCAGGCUUUCAGUUCCUUUUUUGGUUUAAAACCCAUCUCCUCAAGCUACUUGAUCCCCUUUUUUUCGUCUUCCUUCUUUUUCUGGUUGGUUCUUUCCUCCUCUUUCCCUCUUGCUUCUUCUGGGUCUUUUUCUUUCUUGGGGUUUCAUGAGUUCAUCUGCGGCUUCAUCUGCUGCUGUGUCCUGCUGAGGAUUAGAGAGUGGGGAAGGGAGGGAGUGGUGGAGAUUUCUUGCAGAGGAAAUGAGAUCAUUCAUUUCUUUGCAAAUUCUUUGUGUCGUUGCCUCUACUGCUCUCUUUGUGGCUUGUCAGUCCUUUUCUCAGGAUGAAGUUUCGGCCCUGAAUGCAUUCAAGGAAGCAAUUUAUGAAGACCCUCGUCUGAUUAUGUCCAAUUGGAAUGCUCUAGAUACCACUCCGUGUGAGUGGGCUGGCGUUUAUUGCACAUCUGCUGGAGACCAUGUUUUCAAGAUAAACAUAUCUGCAGCAUCUCUCCGAGGGUUCAUUUCACCGGACUUGAGCAGGAUCACAAACUUGCAAGAACUAAUCUUACAUGGCAACAAUCUGAUUGGAACUAUACCUAAAGAACUGGGCAAUCUGAAGCAGCUUAAGAGGUUGGAUCUAGGAGCCAAUCAAUUAAUGGGUCCGAUUCCUCCAGAGCUGGCAACUAUAUCUGGCAUCAUGAAAAUAAACCUUCAGUCUAAUGGGCUAACCGGGACUCUGGCUACAGGGUUUGGCAAUUUAAGAUACCUUCAGGAACUCAUCCUGGAUAGGAACAGACUCCAGGGUACUUUUCCAGCUAGUAAUGAUUUGCCGUCCAAUUUGCAUGGAAUGUAUUCUUCAGCUGAAAACUCAACUGGUCUAUGCCAGGCAUCUAAUCUCAAAGUAGUUGAUUUCUCUUACAACUUCUUCACUGGAACAGUACCUAAAUGCUUGAGAUAUCUUCCAAGCACAAGUUUUCAAGGAAACUGCCUUCAGAACAAAGAGUCACGACAGCGUAGUGCUGCACAAUGUAGCUCUUACUCUGGUCCUAAACCUGUCAGAAACCAUCCACCAUUUCACCCUAAGCACCCAGCUGCUGAAGCUGUUUCCUCCAAGGAGCAUCAGGGGAAAUCAAAGCCAGCAUGGUUAUUAGUGUUGGAAAUAGUGACAGGAACCAUGGUGGGCGCUAUCUUUGUUGUUUUCCUUUUCACUGCUUUACAGAGAUGGAAUGCCAGAUCCGCUAUUAUAAUGCCCUGGAAGAAAUCAAGUAGUCAAAAGGAAAAUGUGCCUGUAUACAUAGACUCUGGUAUGCUGAAAGAUGUAGUGAAGUUCAACAGACAAGAACUUGAAGUAGCCUGUGAAGACUUUAGCAACAUCAUUGGCUCUUCUCCAGAUAGUUUGGUUUACAAGGGGAACAUGAAAGGAGGUUCUGAGAUUGCUGUCAUAUCUCUCUGUAUCAAAGAGGAAAACUGGUCUGGCUAUCUUGAACUCUAUUUUCAGAGGGAGGUUGCAGAUUUGGCAAGAUUAAAUCAUGAGAAUACCGGAAAGCUGCUGGGUUAUUGUAAAGAGAGCACUCCAUUUACCAGGAUGCUAGUGUUUGAAUACGCAUCAAACGGAACUUUGAACGAGCACCUUCACUAUGGAGAGGAAUGCCAAUUAUCUUGGACACGGCGCAUGAGAAUUGUGAUAGGUAUCGCUCGUGGGCUUAAGUACCUUCACACGGAACUUGACCCACCUUUCACAAUAUCGGAGUUGACUUCUAGUGCUGUUUACCUCACGGAUGACUUCUCCCCCAAGCUGGUGGAUUUUGAGAGUUGGAAGAGCAUUCUUUCCAGAUCAGAAAAGAAUGCAGGUUCCAUUGGUGGCCAAGGUGCUAUCUGUGUUCUUCCCAAUUCUAUGGAGGCACGGCACCUGGACAUUCGAGGCAAUGUCUAUGCUUUUGGGUUGUUACUGCUAGAAAUUAUCAGUGGCAGGCCUCCAUAUUGCAAAGAUAAAGGAUCUCUUGUAGACUGGGCUAAUGACUUACUCGAAGUCCCGGAUGCAAUGUCUUAUCUUGUGGAUCCUGAGGUGAAGAAUUUCAGGCAAGAAGAGCUAAAAGCUAUAUGUGAAGCGGUAAACCUUUGCAUCCAUCCUGAUGCAACGAAGAGGCCUUCAAUGCGGGAGUUGUGCACACUGCUGGAAAGCAAAAUCGAUACAUCUGUGUCGUUUGACUUCAAGGCGACUUCCUUGGCGUGGGCUGAGCUUGCAUUGUCGUCAUGAAUAGAGUUAGGGGAGAAGACUUUGAUUGAGCUAACACACUGUAAAGCAAAUAGAGACAUCACUAAUACUCUUCCUUUCUUUGGUUUUGGUGUCACCUUGAUUCUCUGUGAGGCUUUUUUUCUUCCUUUUUGGUUAUUUACUACCCCUUGUAAAUGUCUGCAUAUAGCUAAAGAGGAACUUGAGAGUGCUUCUUGCAUGACACAAAAGAACUCAUUUGUAUACCAUUACCACCCCCAAUUGGGAGACUGUGAUGGAUAACUGAAGUUGCUGAAUCAUAGUAGAUGUAGAUAGAGUUCACUGAACUCUUGUUGAUGAUAUUUGAAUGAGCAAGGGUGUUUUCCCCCCUUUUUUCUGCCAAUUCUUUUUCCCCUCCAUCUCUCUGGGAUUCUCUUUUGUAGCAGAAGCAGGUCCAAUAUAGAAACCAGCUCAUC